AUGAUACCCAAUGCAUCCAUAUCACGACUACCGAUAUCAAGGAAAGCGUAUAUACUUACUCUAGUGCUGAGUCUUUUCCUCUGCGCUUUUGGAAAUGCCCAUGCCUCGGAACUAUUGCAUGACUCUAUAUUCGACGCCGAAGCACUUAUCGAACGAAGCGAUGCAUCAAAUCUCAUAUACGAACCUGACUUUGGCGCAUUUGACCGCAGUAUUCUCGGUCGUGCGCCAGCAGAACAGUCGCUCCUGACCAACAACGGCCCGGAUAGUCGAAAGUUAAGUCCCGGCGCAACUGUUUGUUACGUCGUGGAUAAGAAGACAUUAUUUGGCAAGGACAAGAGGAACGACGAUGGCCACGAACCGAGGAAUGCCGAGGACGAUCCUGGUCAUCAAAACUUCCGUCGCGCAGAGUCUAAGACGGUCUACAUAUCUGUAAAUACCUGUUCGAGGCCAACCAUGAAAUCCAAGGACAAGGACAACAAUCCUGAAACAGCACCACAACUCAGUCUCUACACUUCAAUGUCAAGCAAGAUCAAGUGUCCAGACUCAUCUAACUAUAACAAGACAAACUCUGACCUGGAAAGGAUACCGUUCGACGAGGGCGCGGCCAUGGUUACUGUUAAUGCUACUGAUGCCAUCUACAUUAGUGUUGCCGCUCCCAACAUCACAAAAAAGCAUGAUGGCGACUGGGAGUAUCAGAUCGCGAUAUCCUUUGACGAGUACUAUCAUAACUAUGACUCUCAAAACGGCACCGCUCGACUGUUGUUGAUGGAUACGGACUCGACCUCAGCACUUCUUGUCACUAGCAAUCUGACUGAGGAUUCAAGUGAGACUCAGCAAAUUAUGAAGAGGCCGCCCCCUUACCAAUUAUUCGUUGGCGACGAAAAACUGAGAUCAAUUGACGGCCUGCGACACUCAGCUUGUGGUCUUAAACAGAGCGCCGAAAUUUGGGCGAAUAGUAAUAGGACAGGGCGACACAAUGACCUCGUUACAACAGGUGUUACAACACGAGGACCAGGUCAACUACCCAAACAGCAAUUCUUGAUCGCAGGUCUCAACCACAGUUCCUCGUACUUGGGUAUCCUUGUCAAGAUGCCAGAAGGGAACGGCAAGAGGGCCGAAACAACAGGUGGCGGGGGUACAGUCUACCGGGCCACCUCGUUUGAAACAUCAUCCAGCUCAAAUUGCAAGAUGGUCACGAAUCUUGACUUCUGCAACGAGACUCAAUACGCUGUUCCAGGCAACGACAAGAAGUUUAAUAACACAGCCCUGGCAAAACACUAUGAUGACUACGCCAGAAAGAUGUAUGCCAACUUUGAAAAGGUUAUGAUGCAGAUGCCCUGCGAAACAACACCCGAGUCGCUCUACUCACUUGUGCGAAAUUGCGAUGAGUGCCGCGCCGCUUACAAGCGUUGGCUCUGCACAGUCACCAUCCCUCGCUGUGAAGAUGUCAUGGGUGGUAGCAGGUUCAGUGUCGUCCGCAACGCUUUCCAGGCUUUCCCAAACGGGACCACGCUCCCUGAUAAUUUUCGCAAAGGACUCAACUCAUCUGCAAACAACUCUUCCCGUAAUGCCUGGAUCGAUGAAACAGUCAAGCCCGGCCCUUACAAGGAACUACUGCCUUGUCAAGAUAUCUGCUACGACGUCGUCCAGUCCUGCCCCUCGGCCAUAGGGUUCACAUGUCCGCAACCUGGAUUCCCAAGUUUCGACGUCAGCUAUGGAGAACGGAAUUCCGAUACUUCUAGCAUCACAUGCAACUAUCCGGGCGAGGCGAGAACAAAGAUCAGCGCGGCGAGGGUUGUUCGUCCUGGCACGUUUAUGCUUAGUGCAGUGUCAUUGAUGUUAUGGUUGGCAGUAUGA